CUGCAUUUUCAAGGUGUAUUUUUCAAAAUGUCUUAAAAAAAUGCGAUCUAGCUUCCUGCAGUUAGUACAUAUGCUUGAUCAUUGUUUCUAAUACUAAAAUGGCUAAUCGCGGUAAUGAAGUGCGUGGUUUGUUGGACAGAAUGACUCUUGGCGUUGUGAAAACUUUAGAAAGCAAGCCUGGUGUGUGUGAUGUUCGAUUUUUUGACAAGAAACCUGCUGAUAAAAGCUUUAUCUAUUCCUGGGAACAGAAAAAUAUGUGUGCAUUACCAAAAGAUCUAAAAGAUUUUUAUAUGACAACAGAUGGUAUUUCAAUCCAAUGGUCCAUUAAAUUUGAUGGUUCAACAUUGCCAACUGGUAACAUGGAGAUAAAUUCAAUAUCAAAUCUAACUCCUAUCAACCAGUCAAUUGUGGUUUCUGAUGAUAAGCCAACACUGUUAGAUAUUGAUGACUUAUCUGAUGAGGAAGAUUCACAAGGUCAUUUCAAGCCACAUUUUGAUGAGAGAAAUAAAUGUUUUGAGCUGGAUUCCUGCCUUGGUUUUGCUAAAGUUUGUUUAGUUUAUAAGGACAUAGUGUCAGCCGGUUUUACCAAUUCCAGUCCCGAAGUCUGGUUGCUCGACCGUUCAUUGCGAUGGACAUAUCUCUCAUCGUCGUUUCAAAGUUAUUUCCGGAUGUUGAUUGUUCAUCUUGGGUUACCUCUGUGGCAAUACCGUUUCACGCCAACAGGGCUUAGUCCGGAGACUUUGCAAUGGUUCAACUUGUAUGCACCAAACAGAGUUGAGGACUGUGGUGAAGAACAAACCAGCGAAUCCGGAGAAGCAAGUUCAAAAUCUAAACAAGAAGAUCAGCUCGUGAAUCACCUCGAUACAAACAGAGUGUUCAAGGGGAAAUCUGACGCCAUGAAACCGCAAACAAAACAAGGAAGAAAGAAGCCUGGAAGCAACGUAAGGACAAAUACAUCCACGAGAUUUCUAGGAACUUCUGGCCCAAGGACACAUCGAUGAUGGAUCAGCCACCUUGAUCACCAAACAACUUCUUAAUCAUUUCAUUGUGUGGAUUGACAUCACCCAGGAAAUGUGGUACUUCCGUUUCCAUCACAUUCACGAGUACUUUGGCCGCUAGUGCCAGGGCGUUUUGGUCGGGAUGGAAGCCAUCGACUGGUUCGAUAAGCUGCCAGGUUUCGUGAUCUUUUCCCAUUGACUUCCACAUCCUGAUAGCUUCCUCGAAGAAGUUUGGAAUGAACGCCAAGUCGAAAUUUUCAUAUUUUUCCGUCUUCGCGAUAUCCUGUAAAACUGCGCUCAGUUCUCUUGCGCGCUUGGACGUUGCAUUUCGUAUGGUCUCGUUGCUGUUGAGCCAACCUGCGCACGGGGAGAUUUGCAGGCAGUUGAGGAAAUCGUACAAUCUAGCGUACGUGACGUCGUUUCGUAAUUUUCCAAUCGGGUGUGUACGGUUAUGCAUCGUGUCGUAUAAUACUCGUCCGUCCGCCAAACCUAUCAUGGCAACAUGGCUGCCGUUAGGGAGGAUCUUAU